GUUCGGGGCAGGGACGCCCCAAUAGAGAAAGUCAGCUCAGCGCCUAGGAUGGAAACGGGCGUUCGGGAGUCCCUGAAUCAUUCCCGAGCUUGUUGGGGGGGGUUAUAUUGGGGUACCCGGAGGUUCAGUACUUCAGGAGUAGGUAGUGUGGCCCCGCCAGAUGUUUCUUGUUUGAUUUCCCACUAUCGUUUGUUCUGACCCCGUUUUCUGGCGGUGAUGGGUGUACAAAACACCUGGAGUGCACCCGUUUGCCAAACCCUUAUCUGUAUUAUUGCAUUUGGGGUCCUGAGGCUUCCUGUGGCCUGGCUACUGGCCACACAAUGAAGGAACUGCAGUGCCAGCAGAUAUCUCUCUCACACACGCACAGAGAGAGAAACACAAAUGCAGGGUAUCUACAGGGGAACCAAGAUCACACAUGAAUCUUAAUUUGAGGUGAUUGCUUUUGAAAUAUGGUACUUGACUAUCAUGAAGGAGAAGUAAGUACUCAUGUGGCAGUUGGUUUUGUAGCUUGCUUUUGAUGGAAGUAGUUCAAUACACCUGAGCCUCAAAGUAGGGAGAUUUUUAAUCUAGCCAAGGAAGUAUCACUAGGAAAAUUACUAUUAAGUCCUUUAAAUGCCAAAAGAUAACUGCCACUGCAUCUGUUUCACAAUCAUCAAGGACAAGAACUUUGUCCUUUUUUAAUGCAAUGCCAUUUUUUUCCUGGCCCACUCCUGUGUUUUAAAAAAAAGCUGCUGCUUCAUUGGUUGAAAUGGCCUCCUUGGCCCACAUAUUGCCAAAUUUGACUGGUACAACACCUCACACCCUGCAUUCACAAUAGUGAAUAUAUCCCAUUUUAUUGCUUUCCAUAAUAUGAGGUCUUCCAUUUGUACUGGAUUAUAACUCCUAUGACCCCUCACUGAUACAGUCAAAACACCAUGCUAUUGGAGAUGAUAAGAACUGUAGCUUAAUAAAUCUUGAUCAUCAAGUUGGGGAAGACUGCCUUACUAGAUGACUUACAAAAAUGAGGGCAGCAAGAUUCUUGUACUUACAGUCACAGCACAAUGUUUUUUCUGUUCAAACAAACAGUUAUGAUGCACUAAUAUUCAGAAUGUUUUAAUAAUUCUUUAGGAAAUAUAGGAGAGGAACCUUCAAGAGCACAAAGAUGCCAAAGAAAUUCUUAUUUUCUCCAGGAGAUUAGAAGCUGGACCAAAGAGGCAUUCAGCUGGAAGGUGACCUACCACAUGGUAUCAGAGAACCCUGUAACUUUACACAGAGACAAAGAGGAAUAAAUCUUCCACGGAGAAAAUCAACCAGGAAGGCAGCAGGUUUGGUUGCAAGUCUUUAGGAUUGUUUGCUGUCUAGACUGAAGAUGCCAACCAAUGGGAUCCACCAGGCCUUGAAGAUCCAGUUUGGCUUAAUCAACUCUGAUAAUCGCUAUUUAACAGCAGAGCACUUUGGCUAUAAAAUCAAUGCCUCGGCACCAAGUCUGAAAAGGAAGCAAAUAUGGAGCCUGGAACAGGACGGAGACAGCUCGGUGGUCUUCUUAAAGAGCCACCUAGGUAGGUACCUGUCUGCUGACAAGGAUGGCAAGGUCUCCUGUGAAGCUGAGAAGCCAGAAACGGAUGGAUGUUUUAUCAUUGUCACUCAGUCAGACGGACGCUGGGCGCUCCAGUCAGAACCGUACAAGCGCUUCUUUGGUGGUUCCGAAGACAGGUUGUCCUGUUUCGCCCAAACCAUUACUGAAACUGAACUCUGGAUUGUACACUUGGCCAUCCACCCCCAAGCUAAUCUUUUGAGCGUUAGCAGGCGAAGGUAUGCUCACCUCAGUGCCCAAGAGGACGAGAUCUCUAUAGACAGCAACAUCCCUUGGGGUGUGGAUUCGCUUAUCACCCUUACCUUCCAGAACAAGAAGUAUUGCCUACGAACCUGCGACAACCGCUACCUGCGCAACGAUGGCGCCUUGGUCCAGGAGCCUGACCGCCAUUCAGGUUAUACCCUGGAAUUCAAGGCAGGGAAGUUGGCCUUCAAGGAUUGUGAUGGGAAGUACCUAGCGCCGGUGGGACCUACGGGCUCUCUAAAAUCUGGCAGGAGCUCCAAGCCAGGGAAAGAUGAACUCUUUGAUCUGGAAGAGAGUCAUCCACAAGUGGUUUUCAUGGCUUCCAAUGGCAGAUACGUCUCCAUCCGUCAAGGUGUUAAUGUCUCGGCCAAUCAAGAUGAAGAGACACACCACGAGACCUUCCAGAUGCAGAUUGACAAAGAAACCAAGAAGUGCAUUUUCCAUUCCAACACAGGCAACUACUGGACCUUGGUGGCACAUGGAGGGAUUCAAGCCAUGGCUACUGAAAUAUCUGCCAGCACUAUGUUCGAUCUUGAAUGGCGUGGUCGCCGUGUUGCCCUUAAAGCUAACAAUGGCAAAUACAUCUGCACCAAGAAGAAUGGACAACUGGCAGCUGUCAGUGACAGAGUGGGGAAAGAUGAAGAAUUUGUUCUCAAGCUGAUCAACCGACCCAUUCUAGUUCUUCGUGGGCCUCAUGGCUUUGUUUGUUACCAUCGCAACUCCAACAUGUUGGAUGCCAACCGUUCCACCUACGAUGUCUUCCACCUCAAUUUCAGUGAUGGUGCUUACCAGGUCAAAGGCCUCAAUGACAGGUUCUGGUACGUGGCUAGCAAUGGCACCGUGUGCAGCGAUGGUGAGACGUCUGAGGACUUCUUCUUUGAGUUCUGCGAGUGCAGCCGGGUGGCCAUUAAAGGGAAGAAUGGCAAAUACUUACGAGGAGACCCAGCUGGAAACCUGCAGGCUGAUGCCGAUACUCUAAACUGUGCAACAUUCUGGGAGUACUGA